UUCCUCGUCGCCACUUGAAAUUCAAAUUGGACAUAAAUGGCGGCAGUGAUGGACAAUUAUGGAACGAUGAACAAUUCCUACGGAAAUAUUGUGUACAGUGGUCAAUUAAGUGAAAUUACACCAUUGCAAGGUCAAACAGUUCAGUAUCAGUAUCAACUGCAAGAGCAGCCGCAACAGCAGCAAUAUUUUGACGGUCUGAAAGAAGAUCAGUACCAAGGGCGGGAAACUAUCAUUGCUAAUAACGUUACAGCACAAGCUUCGGGUGAACAAGUGACAUAUCAAAUCCCGGAACAAGUGUGCACCGACAUUAUGGAUCAACCGGAAGCCGUUCAGAAUCACGAUGGUGAAGCUGAAGCACUUCAGGAAAACCAUCAGACGGAGGAACCAGCCGCGGAAGAACAAGCUCUGGACUCGAAUGGGAUGCAAGAGGAACAUUUAGAGGAGGUAGAAGAGGAGGAAAAGGUAGUGCCAGCUGAAAUAAAAGACGGUGACAAUAACGUUGAAGAGGACAAAAAAGAAGUUAUUGUGGAAGAAGGAGCAGUCGAAGAUGAUAACAAGGAGGGAGUGAAGGUUGAGACUAAGGAGGCAGGAGAAGAAGAAGAAGAAAAGCCCAAAGUUCGCCGUAAGGACGGAACUCCGGCUGAUCUGGAUAUUUGUCGAGUUUGUACGUCGAAGGAGGGUUUGGGUGAUAUAUUCGAAUUUGAAUCCGCCGUUCGAAUUUGUGAUUUGAUUAUGAAGAUUUGCACCAAUGUACGCAUAGCAGAACGUGACCACCUGCCGCACAAGAUCUGCAAGAGUUGCGUCGAUAAAGUCAGGAUAGCGUACGAGUUCAAAACAACCUGUGAAAGUACCGAUAAAGAAUUGCGACAAACCUUGAAGCGAAGUUACAAUAAGUCCAGAAGAACGACAGAUUUUGUCAUUGUUAACUGUCCUAUGUCGGAUGAAGAAGAUAAUGAUGAUGAACCGCAGGAUGAUGAUGAAUAUAAAGUUUCUCAAUCGGAAGUUGAGUCGGAACCUGUAACAUCGGACGACAGUUUUGCUCCACCGAGCAAGAAAAAGAAAACAAGAACAUCUAAGCGUCGGGGACGGGGACGUAGACCCAAAAGCGAAUCUAGCGCACCCACUAUUGACACUACGGUCAAGCGAAGACGUGGACGCCAACCCGGCUUCAGUCCCAAAGCUGCGGCGGCAAAAGCGGCAGCUGCUGCCGCUGCGGCUGCAGCUGAGGACACUCCUCGCCGACGACCUGGCCGGCCACCAAAGAACAGCAAAGCUCCUGGAUUAGCAAAUGUGGUCUACAUUGAGGCGCCAGAUCCCAGCUCCUCGGAUAGUGACGAUGAUAAACCAAUAAAACCCCGCAAGACACACGACUGCAACAAGUGCGACGAAACAUUCAAGACCGGUGUUGAGCUGAAAGAGCAUCUCCAAACUCAUAAAGGCGAUCUCUUUCCUUGUACGAAAUGUGAAAAGACCUUCAAAUCGAAGGUGUAUCUUACCAACCAUCUGGAACGGCACGAUCAGGAUGAAAAAAAGCGGGAGGAAAAGCUGAAAGCUAAGGAAGAGAAGAAAAAGCAACAGCGACUCAAGGAAAUUCAGAAACGAAAAGAGCACGAGGAACGUCUCAAACGGCAAAAAGCGCAAGCCGGAAGUGCUGAGAAAAAGAAGAAAGUGGAACCAUCGCCGGUUGGUACCGGGAGAGAUCUUUUCAAGUGCGUGGCACCGCUUACUUCUACCUACUGGAGCGAUAGCUUCUCGGAUUAAGGCGACGAUCGGAGUAGGGGUGUGUAUGGCUAUCGUGUGUGCCAGGACUGCUGGGAGUGUGAGGACAGCCGGGAGAAAGAAACGAUUUUUUACCACGGUGCCAUUGCGAUCGUCUGCCAGUGAAAACAUUUUGAUUUCCUGUUCCAUUUAUCUUCAAUCAUUCACCAUCAUUUGGAUGGAGAAACUAUAUUUUUCAUUUCGCGUUUCGUUUGCGUGAACUGCUUUGAACGUGGCACUGUAGUGUGUAAAUAAUGCUGAAUUAUGUUUAACGUCAGAGUAAUAAACACUAAAUACAUGUCUAACGAGGUAGUUUGAGGGAUAGCUAGCGUUUAAGGUUGCCGUAAAGUAAGGUCACUAUCUUUUGGCUAGCUACUGAUAUUUAGAAGAAGAAAAAUAUUGUCACAUUGUAGGUUAAGGUACAAAUCAUCCUUGCUCUUUAUCUAGUAAAAUGUUUGAUUUAGAAACGGUCUUGAAACAUUGUUUCAGCAAUCUAGCAAUCGUCAAUCAUUUAUGUCAGGAGUAAACGUUCAUUACAAAUUUAUGAUUUUACAGGUCAUUCAAACAAUGUAAGUACUAAAGUCACAAAAGACAAAUUUCAAAAUGCUUAUUUUCGUGCAAUGUUUAUCAAGAAAGCAGAUUCCAAGGGUUUUUUUUUUUAGGAUAAACACCAUGAAUGUUUUAUUGCAGAAUCCUAAUCUUUCAAAUCAUAGUAAGGAAAUGAAUUUCUCUACAGAAUACAUUGAUUAAAUAAA